AUGUAUCGCAUAUGGAACAUCUACGCCCUCGCCGCCUUUGGCACUAUUGGCGGUAUGCUCUUCGGCUUUGAUAUCAGCUCCAUGAGUGCUUGGAUCGGUGCCGACCAGUAUAUGGACUACUUCAACCACCCAUCUUCUACUCUUCAAGGUGGCAUUACUGCCUCCAUGUCUGGCGGCUCCCUGGUUGGUGCCCUUAUCGCUGGUUUCCUCGCCGACCACUGGGGCCGACGCGGUGCCUUGAUGCUCGCCUCCGUCAUCUGGAUCAUUGGUGCCGUUGUGCAGUGCUCGGCCCAAAACGUCGCCCACCUUAUUGUCGGCCGUGUUAUCAGCGGUCUUGCCAUCGGUAUAACGAGUUCGCAAUGCUGCGUCUACCUCGCCGAGCUUGCACCAUCCCGCAUCCGUGGCCGAAUCGUCGGAAUCCAACAAUGGUCGAUUGAAUGGGGUAUUCUCAUCAUGUAUCUCAUCUCCUAUGGCUGUGUCGUUACAAUCAAAGACACCAGCUCCUUCCGCAUCGCCUGGGGUGUCCAGGGUAUCCCCGGUCUCAUUCUCGGAAUUGCCCUGUUUUUCUUUCCCGAGUCUCCUCGUUGGUUGGGCCAGAAAGACCGAUGGGAGGAGUGCCACGAGGUCCUUGCCCACCUUCACGCUGGUGGUGACCGCGAGUCUCCUGUGGUUAUUGCCGAACUUGAGGAGGUCAAGGAGGCUGCUCGUGUUGCUGCCGAGUCCAAGCACAUUGGUGUCCUUGGGCUUUUUGGACCCAAGAUCUGGAAGCGCACUCUCGCUGGCUGUAGUGUGCAGGUAUGGCAACAGCUGCUAGGAGGCAAUGUCAUGCUUUACUACCUCGUCUAUAUCUUUAACAUGGCCGGAAUGUCUGGCAACACUGCCCUCACCUCUUCCAUUAUUCAAUACGUUAUUUUCCUCGUUACGACUGGUGCCAUUCUGCCCAUUAUCGAUCGCCUCGGCCGCCGCCCUCUCUUGAUUGGAGGUGCCAUCAUCUGCUGUAUCAUCCACUUUACUACCGGCGCCGUCAUGGCCGUCCAUGGCUAUCCUGUCGACUCCGUUGACGGCAACGAGAUUCUCAAGUGGUCCAUCCAGGGCCCACCUGCCAAAGCCGUCAUCGCUCUGUGCUACAUCUUUGUUGGUGUUUAUGGCCUUACCUGGGCCCCUAUCGGCUGGAUUUACGCUUCCGAGGUCUUCCCCCUGAAGUACCGCGCCACCGGUGUCGGUUUUGCUGCCGCCUCCAACUGGGCUUUCAACCUUGCUCUUGCCUUCUUUGUGCCUCCGGCCUUCACCAACAUUCAGUGGAAGACGUACAUGAUCUUCGGCACCUUCUGCGCUGCCAUGACCUUCCACAUCUUCUUUACCUACCCCGAGACUUCCGGAAAGACCCUGGAGGAGAUUGACGCACUUUUCGAUUCCAACAUUCCUGCAUGGCGCAGCGCCAGCGCCGGCGUCCGCUUUGAGGACCGAGUCGCAGCUGUUGAGGACAAGAAUGACACUCUCAGGGCUAGCCACGCUGAGAAGGUUUAA